GGUGGCUUGAUAUUAAGACAUGCAAAAUAAAAUGAGCGUAAUGAUUUCAAAUUAUUAAAGAAGAAUCUUAUGAGUCAGAAAAGAACUUGGCAGGAAGAAAAAUCUGGCUAUCAAAUCAAUGAAGUAGUAUUAAGGAGAAAAUUAAAAUCAGCCGAGCAACGAGGUGAGAAGCUUCUGUGGAUGAUAGAGAAGUACAAGGAGCAUCUUUCUGUGCUCGAAAAAAGGCAUAAAAGAAAACUGAAACAGUUACCUUCUGAAAAGGAGAAUGAGCACCAAGAGGAAAUUUCAAAGUUACAAUCUCUCUUAUAUAAGCAACAGAAAUGUGGGAUUUUGAAGGUGAAACAGACAUUUGAAACUUGUAGCAGAUUUAGUCAAAAGAAUUUAUACCUUGCUGAAGUCCAGAAAACAGAAUACUUGUGUUACAUAUACAACGAAUCAGUUUAUCGAAUGGAAAAAAUGGAUCCAAAUGGAAGACUAGCAACUACUUUACUACAUCAAUCUGCUGCCUUUACUGAGCGUCAAGGCAAAGUAAGAUAUUCAAGAGUCGGACUUGAAAACAGAACGGAACAUGAAGAUUUAUCACAAAAAUGUGAAAAACGAAAUGAACUUGAGGAGCUCAGAUUAUUAAACAAGGAUCUUAUGAGUCAGAAAAGAGCCUGGAAGAAAGAAAAGUAUGAAUAUCAGCUUAAUGAGUUAGCUUUGAAAAGGAAACUGAAAUCAACCGAAGAACGGGAGGAAAAGCUUCUGAAAAUGGUGGAAAAGUACAAAGAGCAUAUUUCUGUGAUAGAAAAAAGGCAUCAAAGAAAAUAUCAAGAACUGCAGUCUGUAAAAGAGAAAGAACACAAGGAGGCAGUUUCAGACUUACAAGAUGUCUUAUGUAUAUUGAAGAAAAAAAUUAUUUUUAACGGGAAAGAGAUAUCUGAAAGUGAAAGCAGGUCCUUAACAGAGUUUUUGUACCGUCUUGAAAAGUUAACAGAGCGCAAAGCUUGCCUUAAAAAUUCGGCAACUCAGACAGACACACUUUUUACCGGAGAAGAAAUAUCUAGUAUGCAGAAUAGGGAUGUGGAAGAACAUGACAGAAAUGAGAGAAAACUGACAGUUUCAGAAGCUUUCGAUUAUUUCAAGAAGAUCAGUCAAUUGUUGAUUUUAUACAUUAUUUUAAUAUACUUUUGCAUUUUCGCCACGACGUGAGAAACAUGGAAAUUUUAAUAUUCAUAUACAGAAGAUAAAAGAUCUGUGGAGAAUAUUCUCAUAAAUAACAUUUUUAUAGUAUUUAUUGUAUUAUUUUUUCAACUUAAUUCGCAUCUUUUGAAAUUAAGGAAAACUGCACCUGUAAACGGAAACAAAAGUGCAUUUCCUCAUCUGACAUUCAUUAUUUUUAAUAAAGUGUUUCCUUGGAA